AUGUUCUCCAGAGGCCUCCGCGUCGUCUCAAGGCGAGCCAUUGCCGCUCCCCUCGCCAGACCUUCUCUCGCCGCUCGCCAGCUCGCGCCUGUCGCACCCGUCCAGGCCAAGCGCUCGUACCACGAAAAGGUGCUGGACCACUACUCGCGCCCCCGGAAUGUCGGCUCGAUGAACAAGAGCGACGCUGAUGUCGGCACCGGUCUUGUCGGCGCUCCCGCCUGCGGCGAUGUCAUGAAGCUGCAGAUCCGCGUCGACCCGGAGACACAGAAGAUCUCGGAGGUCAAGUUCAAGACUUUCGGCUGCGGCUCGGCCAUCGCCUCCAGCAGCUACCUGACCGAGCUUGUGCGCGGCAUGAGCCUGGACGAUGCCGGCAAGGUCAAGAACACCGAGAUUGCCAAGGAGCUGUGCCUUCCCCCCGUUAAGUUGCAUUGCUCCAUGCUUGCCGAGGAUGCCAUCAAGUCUGCCAUUUCGGACUACUACACCAAGAACCCCUCACGGAAACCCACCGACCUGAGCGGCACCAGCAUGAAAAUGCCGACGUCCGACGCCGUUGCGGCCUGA